UUCCAGUUAACGAAUUAUGUGAGGUGAUCAGUUGUGACUGGAGAACGCGCAUGGAUUGACUGCAGGAUUGCGACUGAACUGCGAUCGCCCGCGUUCUCUCUUCUCUCUCUCUCACUCUCUCUCUCUCUCUUCAGGUUUAGCUCGAUCACAGAGUGAAUCGGGCAGCAGAUGCCAUCACCUGUCGCAAGGCUGCACACUGAUGCGAGAAGCUGUCCUGUGGUCAAUUCAACAGAUACUGCUGCUGAUAGAUUCAAACUGCACGAUGUUUUCCGGUGUUUUUUACAUUUAUCAACUCUUCUCGUCUCCUCAGAGAGAUCCAGAAUGGAGUCAUUAAACCAAUCCGGGUGGGCAGGGCCAAUCCCAGGGGAUUAUAACUCAUCAUAUGGACUGGGAUUUUCAGGAACUCCAGUUGGGAAUUACACUGGCAAUGUAUCAGAUCAAAGCAUGCCGUUUCAAGCGAACAGCACGAUGGUUACCGCGGUCAUAUCAUUCACCGUGUUCAUUGUUGGACUCACUGGCAACACUCUGGCUAUCUACGUGGUUUUGCGCUACGCUAAGAUGAAAACAGUCACAAACAUCUACAUUUUAAAUUUGGCUGUGGCUGAUGAGCUGUAUAUUUUGGGCCUCCCCUUCCUUACGACACAAAAUGUACUUUCCUACUGGCCGUUCGGCUCGUUCCUGUGUCGUGUAGUCAUGACGGCAGACUCACUAAAUCAAUUCACAAGCAUCUUCUGUUUGACAGUGAUGAGUAUUGAUCGCUAUUUAGCUGUAGUGCAUCCUAUCCGCUCCACUAGGUGGCGCCGACCACGAGUAGCUAAAGCGGUUAGCGCAGCGGUGUGGGCAUUUUCGUUCAUCGUUGUCCUUCCCGUGGUGAUAUUCUCCGACGUCCAGGACAUGUUUAACUCAUGCAACAUGAGUUGGCCGGAGCCGCGAGACGUUUGGUCAACGGCGUUCAUACUUUACACCGCAACACUCGGAUUCUUCGGCCCUCUGCUGGUCAUCUGCAUGUGUUACCUGCUCAUCGUAGUCAAGGUGAAGUCGUCCGGAGCCCGGGCGGGAUUUACAAAGCGCAGACGCUCCGAGCGGAAGGUGACCCGCAUGGUGGUGGUGAUCGUGGUGGUGUUCGUCCUCUGCUGGCUGCCGUUCUACAUCAUCAACAUCGUAAACCUGGUGUUCAUACUCCCGGAGAACAGCGUGAUGGCAGGGGUGUAUUUUUUCGCCGUCAUCCUGUCGUACGCCAACAGCUGCGCUAAUCCGCUGCUCUACGGGUUCCUGUCUGACAACUUCAAGCAGAGUUUCCGGAAGGUGCUGUGUGUGCGCAAGGCAAAUGGUGUGGAAGAUGGCGAUCCCAGUGUGCCGCGGACGGAAAAAACAACGACCCACGACUCGGUCCUGAUGCCUCGGAACAACGACUUUAAUGGACAUGUACAGGGCAGCCAGGAUCUGCAGUUACAGUCUUGCAUGAGCACAUCUGAGAAGCCUCAGCCUGCAAGACCCCAGAUCAUUGGCCAGUCCACACUCUAAACGCUGUUUCUCUCUCUGUCUGUCGUUUUCAUCUUUAUUUCGUCUCCUUUCCUGUGCUCUCUUGUCUUAUCGUCUCUCCGUUCAUCCCUUCGAUUUGUCCGUCUGUCUGUCUGUUCGCCUGUCUCUGCUUCUGGCUUUUUGUGGAAGGUGUGGCCUGAGCCUCAAGCCACGCCCCUGAAUGUGCCGGUGACUCCGCCUUCCCGCGCAGCAGAGCUAAGCCUCCACCCGGUGCCCGUUGUCGCCACGCCCAGCUCCAGCCGUGACCUGUGACCCCGGCGGGUCAUGAGAGGCCAUCCGAACAAUGCCAGGAUACUUUGUUUUGGGUGGAGGGUGCACAGUGUGUGCUGGGAACACCGGGGUCUUCAUGCUCAUGGAAACCUGGAAAUAUCAGGAAUUUUAAAACGGCCUGGAAAAUUCUGUUUUGAAUUUAAAAGCUUUAAAAUAUUUAAUCAGCUAAGAAUUACUAUUUGCAAAUUUGUUUAGAAGCAUGAGUCUGAGACCAUUAAUGAAAAUCAUGAAAUAAUGAAAAUUGUAUUUUUGGACUCUUGGACGCUUUAAUGAAUUAAAUGCAAAGCCUGACUUUUUCCAGCAUGACCUAAAAAGGAAUAGUGCAGAGUCUGAAAUAUUCCCUGUUUUAUUUCAUUUCACAUUUAUUUGUUUUUAAAAUUUUCAAAAUCCAAACACCUUCUGUUGGUUUAAAUUACAUCCAAGAAUUGAAAUUGGUCUCAGACUUUCAGGCCCAGCUUUUAAACAGUUUUAAGAAAGGAUGAAAAAGUAACAGAAGAGGGAUUUAGAAGAGAGACGGGACUUCAGAUGCAAGUGAAGGGGAUUUCGAGAUGAUGAAUGUUGGUAUAUUGCUUUUCACACACACACACACACACACACACACACACACACACACACACACAUCUAAAACAGAAACAUUCGGUCAAUUUUUCUGCAUUAAACACAAAAUAACCUUUUCUCUUUCUCCUCUACGAUCAAGUGAUGGAUGUGAAGUGAACAAAAAACAAACACACACACACACAGAAAAUGUAUUAUAUGUACCUGCUACAGCUGAUUACGAAAAAACUUGGUGUGUCCCAGUGUCCUUCAAAAACAAAGACUAAUAUGCUGUGUUCUUUUCAACUUUAACAGUCUAAAUUUGGAAAAGUGCAAUCGAACUCCAAGAAGUUUGAUAAAAUCGAGGGUUUUCACGACACGUCAUCAGUUGGCCAUAUUGGUGGAACUGAAUGUAAACAAUGUCACUGAACCGAUUGAAACUAGCAUAUUUUGCUGAUUAUUGCUGCUAAAAAAAGGUCAGUGUCAUGAUUUGUCAUGAUUUUGGGCUGUGUCAGACCAGGAAAAAACAUUUUGGAGUACUAUAGACUGGCAAAAGUUAUAACAAAUCAAAGAAAAGAGGUGUUUGUUCUUAUCAUUUCUGGUCAGGCAGGAGAAAUAUUAGGCUAAUAUCUAAUUAAUACUGCUUGUAUUUAAAAUAUUGCACCCUUUCCUGCAUACUAAGUCCUUCUCUGUAUGAUUUAGCGGCUUCCACACAUUUUUUCCAUGGUUUAGACAGCAGAAAUUAGCAGUACAUUAACUGUGCAAUCCAUUGUGUUCUUUACAUGUGUAUCUCCAAUAUGGCCAUGCAUCCGGGUAACUGACCAAACCGUAAUGUAAGUGCAAACCAUCUAUAUUGGAAACUCAUUCUAGUAUUAUUAACUUUACAAUUGGUAUCCAGUUAUCAUUAAUAUUCCCUUUUAAAAAAAUGUUAUUACCAUGGCAAAAUUGUUGAAGUGCUAAAUUAACUUAAUUAAAAGGAAAUAAAAUUAAACCUAAUAACUUAAUUGUAUAGACAUAUUGGGCCUCAUUCAUGAAACGUGUAAAUAUAUGAGUCAUUUGCUGGUAAAACAGACCUUCCCCAAAAGUCUCCUCUCGAUUCAGAAACGUGUAUGAAUUCCAAUCUUUCGUAAAUAUGAUGCAAAUGCACGUUCAUUCAUAAUUAGCAUAAUCCCCACCUAUAAAUUAGAACUACUUUAACUACAUGUCCUGUGGAAUCUACUCCCUGCUGAAAAAAAAAAAAAAAAAAGCUAAAACCAGCUGGUUUAAGAUGGAAGUAGCUGGUUUUAGCUGGUCUCCCAGCAUGGCUAGGCUGGUCAAGCUGGUUUUAGCUGGUUGUUCAAACUGGUCUCCCAGCCUGACCAGCUAAGACCAGGCUGGAUGACCAAAACCACCCUAAGCUGGUUGGCUGAUUUUUGCAGGGUUUUUUUUAGACUUCUAAGGUUUGACUAAUAGGCCAUAUGCCUAACAAUAAAUAUUCAGUUAACGUGUGUCCAACAAAACGUUUUUAGCCAGCUGAAAAAAAUGCCAGGUGCUCUUCUGAAAACGGCCAGCUGGUGGCGCUUGAGAACGUUUUGUUUGCACAGCUUUUUUUUUUUAAUUGAGAGGCUUUGGUUGCUAUGAUUCACGAAAGUAAUGUAUUACUGGUAUCUCAUUUUGAAAAAUAUUACUGAAUAUAAAAAUUAACCUAUUCAUUGUUGUUCAGUCGUUGUACAAGAGGGAUGAUUAGUCAUGUAGUAUUUGUCCCGCCUCUGCUCUAUUGAUUGGACAGCUGGGUAAAAAGUGACAGUGAUGAGCACUGCGUUUUACCCAAAGUUGUACAGUUACAAAAAAAAAAAAACUUGUGAAAUUUUAUGGUAAUACAUAAAAAUUCAGUGUCAUCAGUUUGCCAAAAAGAACACAGAGCGUUUCACGCACCAUUUACACGUGGUAGGGAUUAGGUGUACAUUUCUUUUGUACCAACUAAAAAUACAAAUAAUUUCAUGAAUUUACGUCAGAGCGGCUUUAUGAACAAUUUACACUCUGCUUGUGUUUCAUGAGUGAGGUCCAUUAUACAUAAAAUAAGGACAAAAAAAAAAACAAACAAAAUUACUAAAACUUUAAAGGAACAAGCCACUAUUUUUUAAAAAUAGACUAAUUUUCCAACUCCCCUAGAAUUAAACAGUUGAAUUUUACUAUUUUCGAAUCCAUUCAGCCGAUCUCCGGGUCUGGUGGUAGCACUUUUAGCAUAGCUUAGCAUAGAUCAUUGAAUCUGAUUAGACCCCUAGCAUCUCCCUCCAAAAUAGUCUCCUGAAAAUAGUCUCCCUGUGUUCCUUCAUUAUUACGCCAGCAUGAGAGUAUAGUUCCUAGCCAUAUUGGUGUAGAAAAUCACAACUUUUCAUUUUCCAUCGGUCUUCGUACACGAUGUAACUACAGAAGAGUCAAGUUACAAAUAGGAAACAUAUCGAAACUUAUUGGUCAUUUUUGAGUGAGAUGCUAACGGUCUAAUCAGAUUCAAUGAUCUAUGCUAAGCUAUGCUAAAAGUGCAUGGAUUCGAAUGGAUUCGAAAACGGUAAAACUCAACUGUUUAACUCUAGGGGAGUUGAAAAAUGAGUCUAUUUUCAAAAAUAGUGGCAUGUUCCUUUAAACUAAAAUUAAAAUCCAAUUCGAAAUUUUACCAAAAAACUAUAAUAGUAUAUCAGUAAUAUUAAAUGUUUAUGGUUUAAUAUCUACAGAGAGAUAUGGUAAAUUAUUCUCUCUGUUGAACUCUUGAUAAUCAUACACCUAGCACUGCAGAACAUUUUUUUUUUUUUUUUUUUUUUUUUUUACACAAUCUGGUUGCAGCAUGUAGGUCGAGUUUAAUUGACAGCUGAACAUCUGCAAGGCAAACAUGUUGUUUUUUAAAAAUAUCUUAUUCCGUGGGUCAGCAGCUCAACACCAUUAUGGUUGAACUUAUCGAGUGAUUAGAUGGAAAGCAGCCGUUGACCCUCGACACACUGAGAGCGCCUCAUCUCUGGGCAGAAACUUCCCUUUUCCCAUCUGGGGACUUGCAAUGACAGGUAGAAUGAGAUGUGAAAGAUUGCUUCUGGACGUCAGGAUCCUGGCCGAUGAUGGAACUUUUCAGCGUUCACAUGUCCGAGGGGCUGGGAAUCUGUGUAAACUGGGAUUUUAAAGUACUUUAGGGUGUGGUGUUCAAUGGUUGUGGAGUAUAAGGGUCAAGAUAGCGUUUCCUGAUCCGUAUUGACGUAUUUAAACGGUCCUCUGCUCUCUGCCAAAUGUAGCAAAGUGCCUUUUCUUGUCCCAGAUCAAACUAUCAGACAUUUGAAAAUGCGAGGCCUUGGUGGAGGCCUUAGAGACAGAACCUGUUGUUUGCUUUCUUUGUUGUUUAGCUGCUUUUCCGUGUCGUUUACUGGUGGGGGUUAUUUCCGUUUAUUUGCGUCAUUGUUAAAUGUUUAUAAGUAUUCAAAUGGUUUAUAUCUAAGACCACUUUUUGACAUAAUGUCAAUAUUUAAUGAUAUUGUAAAGUUACUGCCAGUGUAAUGGAAACCAUGUCAACAAACAUUGUAUUUCUUAAGUCAUUUCUAUUGACGUUUGAUGUACAAAUGGUCUUAUUUGCAGAAAACACAAAAAAGAUAAAAAUGGUCUGGGAUGGCCUUUACAUCCCUCCUUCUAGAAACGGCUUUGACGCCUCAGUUACAAAGAUCUUCCUUUUGUGACAGCGGCCAUGUUUGUGUGUUUUGCGUGUCGGCACGUGUAUUCAGCUGUUCAUAAAAGCUAUCAAGAAUGUGCAUUGCUUUGUUAAUGCUAAAUGUGCCUCUGAUAUAAACUUUGAUGACACUCAUAAUUCAGCAGGCAUAUUUUAGGCCUGUUCAUGUCAGCCAGCAAGCUUUACGAUCAAUACUUCAGCUUCUUUUAUUAAACCCAAACACUUGUCUGAUUCUAGACUUGUUUUAGGCACGUGUCGACGCCUUCAAACUGUGAAUGACGCAUUAACGAAUCACUCUGUGCUAAAGAGAUGCUGAGCAAAUGUCAUGUUCUGCAAUGUUGGCAUUAAUAUGUCUUUUUAUCGAUUACUCAUUUUUUAUUAUUCAUUUGUUUCUGGGGUCCAUAUAAGGAAACAGUGACAUUUGUGUAAGAAAAUGUUUAGAAAAAAGUUUUAAUUGCAGAAACAUUGUAUAAUAUAUAUCUAUAUAACUAUAUAUAUAUAACUUUUUUUCUGAAAAGACUUAAAUGUUAAAACUCAAUAUCAGAAAUCUAUAUUGAUGGCAUAUUGCUGACAUUAGGAGUGUGCUUAAACAGCACACAUAGCUGAUGCCAUUAUUACUUAUGAAAUCAAUCACCAGACCUCAUUGAGUGAGAAUCAAAUAUUUAAGUUGUACAUAUACUAUGUUUUUGUCUAAAUAAAACAGUGUAUUCAUUA